UUAUAUGAAUCUACCCUCCCAAAACUCUUCAAAAAAAUUCAGAUCUGAAUUUCUCUCUCCCUCUCUCUCUCUCUCUCUCUCUCUCUCUAUAACAGAAAUUACGAGAUCGAAUAACUCCGUUACGAGUAUUCAAAGAAACAGAAAGAGUCGGCCAUAGAAACUGUGAUCCCUUUUUUUUUUCUCUCUCUCUAACUGUAAAGUCUCAACCAUGAAUGCCAGAAGAGACUACCGAAACAAUAAAGCCGCUCUUUUUGAUGGAAUUGAGGAGGGUGGCAUCAGGGCCUCGUCAUCUUACUCCUCCCAUGAAAUUGAUGAGCAUGAUAAUGAAAGAGCAGUAGAUGGAUUGCAAGAUAGAGUCAUUUUGCUGAAGAGAUUGUCAGGUGAUAUAAAUGAAGAGGUGGAAAGUCAUAAUCGAAUGCUGGACAGAAUGGGCAACGAUAUGGAUUCAUCAAGGGGAGUCUUGUCUGGAACCAUGGAUCGUUUCAAGACGGUAUUUGAGACCAAGUCAAGCCGGAGAAUGUUUACACUUGUGGCAUCAUUUGUUGUCAUUUUCCUUGUCAUAUACUAUCUCACUAGGUAAUCGAUCUGUGAUGGCAUUUUCCUUGUCAUAUACUAUCUCACUAGGUAAUUGAUCUGUGAUGGAUUUGAUACAAGCUUCUAGCUUUAUGUUAGAACUGGGAAGACUCAUUUUCACUUUAUUGCUGUGAUCAAUGUUACUUCCUGCCUGUAAGAUAUUCUGGCAUGUCCAUGUAAAGAUAUUUUCAUGUAUCAAAUGUGUCUUGAACCAAUGGGAUGGUUAGCAGUUAAUAUGUGUUUGCAUCAUAAUCUUUCUACA